CUGUGAGGGCUCAGACAGCGUAGAAGAGAUUUGGCCUCUCUUUCGUUUUAAUUUAUAGAGAAAAGACAUUUCUUGCUCACAGUUUAGAGGCAAGAAAGUCCAAAAUGUAGGCGCUGGCAUCUGGUGAGGGUCUUCCGGCUUCAUCAUCCCAAGGAUGAAGGCAAGAGAGCGGGAGGGAGAGCAGGAUUGGAUUUUGACUCGGACUAUCAUCAGGCCUUUGCACAAUCUAUGACAUAGUCAAAAGCCCCAUUGUUGGUUCCCCUGGGGAAGAAGAGGAUGUGUUUCUGAUUCACACGGCGGGCAAAGCUGUAAACAGCUCUGAAGGGAGCAGACAAACAGGCUUCAGGGCCUGGUGAGUCACUCACUUCUGCCCCCCGCCCCCCUUCCAGGGUGGUUCUCAGCCUACCCUGGGUUCAGGUGGCUGCUGCGGGCCACUACGGCCUGGGACUGCCAUCUGGUGGUGACCCUCUGCCUUCACACAGCUUCACAGCCUGUCUUAGUAGGUGAGGCCUGGGUUCCUUGGGGAUGAACAGGAGCUUGGGCCUGGCUGGCUGAGCAGGCAGGGCCUGGUCUCUUGCUGACUGAGGUAGUCUUGGAGGGAUCAGCAAGCUGGGACCCAGUUGCUAGCUCUUGCCACAGGGUGAGGUUCUCACUAUCCAGGCACAGGACACAGGCUAGGUGGGGCUGUCACCUUCAGAGACUCCUGAUUCCACACACCUCUUCCAGGCCCAGGGUCACUGAAGUUGGCUUGGCCUCGCUAAUAGUUGCCUGAGGUCUGGGCACUGGGCCACUUCUCACCAUCCAGCCGGGGUUAAACAUUAGUGGGAGGUUAUCGGGUUUGGAGAGGGGGUGGGAAUUGCACUUGCAACAGUCUCCUCUGCGGCCCUGCCUGGAGCUCCAGUUCCCACAUAAUGCCUGUGGAGGAGUUUGUGGCUGGCUGGAUCUCUGGUCACGGACCUCUGAGAGGAAGAAAGGCAGGUGUACAGCUGAUGGGGGGUUAGGCAUGGCGGCCAUUCCUUCCAGAGCCCCAUGUUCAGUGUGUCACAGCUGGCUCUUCCCUAUUGUGUAUGUAUGUCUUCAGGAGCUGUGGGUCUGGUCCUGGGACACCCCUUUGAUACUGUAAAGGUGCGGCUGCAGACCCAGAACACAUACCGGGGCAUUGUGGACUGCGUUCUGAAGACUUACCGCCAUGAGUCGCUCCUGGGCUUCUUCAAGGGAAUGAGCUUUCCCAUCGCCAGUGUAGCCCUGGUCAACUCUGUCCUCUUUGGAGUGUACAGCAAUACCCUGAUGGCACUCACAACGACUUCCCACCAGGAGCGGCGGGCCCAGCCGCCCAGCUACACGAACAUCUUCAUAGCAGGUUGCACUGGGGGCCUCUUGCAGGCCUACUGCCUGGCCCCUUUCGACCUCAUCAAAGUCCGUCUACAAAACCAGACAGAGCCCAGGGUGCAGCCAGGGAGCCAUCAACCCCGGUAUCGGGGACCUGUGCACUGUGCAGCCUCCAUCUUUCGGGAAGAAGGGCCCCAGGGACUGUUCCGAGGAUCCUGGGCCUUGGUGCUGAGGGACACCCCCACGUUAGGAAUGUAUUUUGUCACUUAUGAAGGGCUGUGUCGCCAGUACACACCAGAAGGCCAAAAUCCCAGCUCAGCCACAGUACUGGUGGCAGGGGGAUUUGCAGGCAUCGCCUCCUGGAUCACAGCCACACCCUUUGAUGUGAUCAAGUCCCGGAUGCAGAUGGAUGGGCUGAAAGGGAGAAAAUACCGGGGGAUGCUGGAUUGUAUGGCUAGCAGCUUCCGGCAGGAAGGAGUAGGGGUCUUUUUCCGGGGGAUGACCCUGAACAGCGCCCGUGCCUUUCCUGUCAACGCCGUCACCUUCCUUAGCUAUGAAUAUCUCCUGCGCUUGUGGAGAUGAGCCUGGCCAGGGAGUGCUAGAAGCUCCACAGCAGGACCAUGGCCCACAGCAGGAUCUGAGGCCAAGCUAAAGCACCUAGCUUGCAGUUGGCAGGCAAGAGGCACCUCCCUCACAACACCCAGCAGUGCAGGAGCCACUGAGCAAUAAACCACUGACCCUGGCUCUGCACAGACUCCAAGGUACAUUCUGCCUCCAGCCCAUCCCACCAGGACUCCUUCUUUCCAUGAAACAGGGACAUAAGGCACAAACCAGCCAGGGGAUCUGAUGACACACAGUCACCAUGCCACAGCUGCCCCUCUGAAGGAGCUUCCAGGGACUAGUCACUGUGCUGGCAUCACCCACCCCCUGGGUUCCAGUGAUGGUACAUACUUGACUCUUUCCACUCCUCCUUUCAAGCCACUCCCCUGGACUGGAGAAGAACCCUGUAUCUCCUCCCCGUCCAGAAUCCUUCAGGGACUUCCGUUACCUUCAACACCUGUCUGUCCCUCCUCAUUGGGCAGCCCUCUCUUGGUUGCUUCCUUCUAACCUUCCUCUGUCAUGACCCAGGAGUCCUCAGCAGGGCGUCCCCAGCAUCCCUCCAGCUGGCCCACUUCCCUCCUCAACCCAGGCAGAGCUCUGUCUCUAGGUUCCUUCCAGUCCCCUGUGGGCUGAUGUUGGGUUCCCAGGCACCUCAGCCCGCCUGCCUGCCUCCACCAUAGCUCUUGCCUGUUUUGCUCCUCAGGGUCAUUAGUCUAUGAAAGCCUUGUGGUCAGGUUGUACUUCUGUCUCUGGGGAUAAGCCUGAUGCUUGAACAGAUAUAUUCAAUAAAAUUUUGUCCAAUGAAGUGAUGAUGCUCCCCCCUCUACCCUGCAACCUGUCUCCCCUGUUCCAGCUACCACACCUGCAUCUUAGUCCUGCCACACACAUCUGUCUGCUGAGACUUUCGCCCUCACUACCAUGCUCUGACUCACCCUCUCUAGUUCAUCUCUGCCUUGUCUACACCCCUCCUUAUGGGACUUCUCUAUUUACCCAUCUCAGUUGCUAAAUUAUAAUUAAACAUUUGGCUGAGAAACUUCCCUUAGCUGACAAUACAGUUGAACAUAGUCUGUACUGACUAUAGUGUUCUGAUCUGGUCUGAGAUCAACCUGAGUUUUCCAUGGUGACCUGAAUUCUGGAAUUCCUGCCAUGGCUGUCUCCUAUGAAUUACCUGGUUCCAACUCUCCUAGGCUGGCCCCUUCAUGAGCUUAUGGAAGCUCUCCUUCAAUGCACCAUGCGUCAUAGACUAUUGGUGGUUGCCCCAGAUGGUUCUCUCAUGCUCAAAGUGGGGCAGAAGGGUAGGUGGCCCUGAGCAAGGCUGUGUUUUCCAGCUUCCUUUGCAGCUAUGUGAGGCUUAACCUAAAGUUCUUCCCAGAGAAAUAUGAGAAAAAAGGAUGGAUGAGAAUUACCAGCCACUUUUGUUGGAGGAAAAUCCUCGUUGUUGGUUAUAAGUGUGACAACUGGACUGGCCUUGAAGGCCCUGCUGAGCACGCAGGAGGGCCCUGCCAGCCUGGAAAGUGUGUAGCCUUGAAGCAGAUAGCCUACCUCUCCCACAUGCUGAGUUCUGAGGUCUCAUUGUUACAACACUCCAGCAAACUUUCCCCUAACUAACCCAAUGGUCCUUGGGACAGCAGAGCUUGUUGCAGGCAGCAAGCAGGACCCAUCCAGACCUACAGAACUCAAGUCCUUGAGGAUGAGGCCCAGGAAUCUGUAUU